UCUGGGCACGCCUCCCGAAGCCACUCUAGCAGCUCGGAGGACUCAAUUCGGCUUCUCCUCUUGCAGCUUCCGGCCAGUCGGAAUUCCGCUUCCCGUCUGACAUUGGCGUCUUUGCAAAGGGUCACAUUGAAGUAACGCUGCUCCGGGACAGUCUUUAGGAGUCAGGAUGGCCGAAGACAUCAAGACUAAAAUCAAGAACUACAAAACCGCCCCCUUUGACAGCCGCUUCCCAAACCAGAACCAGACUAAGAACUGCUGGCAGAACUACCUGGACUUCCACCGCUGUGAGAAGGCAAUGACGGCAAAGGGCGGUGACGUCUCCGUGUGCGAGUGGUACCGGCGAGUGUACAAGUCCCUCUGCCCCGUCUCAUGGGUAUGUGCCUCCCGGUCUCAGCCUGGGAUGACCGCAUAGCAGAAGGCACAUUUCCUGGGAAGAUCUGACCUGGCUCCGCCCACCUCUCCUCUGCUCUUUGACCUUCUCCCCGAUAGAAAAGGGGGACCUCAGUAUAUGAUGGUCCCUACCCUGGGACCCUGAAUCAUGAUGCAACUACUAAUAAAAACUCACUGGAAAGGUU